GAUAAUUGCAUAUAUGAUACAUAUGGAGAGAAACUUACCUAUUUACUCUGCGGUAGCAGAUGAGCGAGAGGCGAACACAUUUUAUUUUUCUUUGGGAGAGCUCAUUGCAGGUGCCGUCGCUGGAUUCGCGGAACACGUCAUUAUGUUUCCAUUCGACACCGUAAAAACGCGUGUACAGUCGGGCACUACAAAGGGAAUUAGAGAUACUUUUCAUCGUAUGUGGAAGGGCGAGAAGAUACGGCAUAUGUACCGCGGCUGCAUGCCGAUUCUUUGUUCGGCGUUGCCGGCGCAUGCUGCAUACUUUGGCGCGUACGAGGCCUUCAGGCGCAUUACGGGGGAUUCAAACGUGGGGAUUGCAGCAUCCGCGAGCAUAGCUACCAUCGCCCACGAUGCUGUCUCGACGCCUUUUGACGUGGUUAAGCAGCGCAUGCAGAUGGACAGGUCGUGUGUGUAUAAGACGUCUUUUAGAUGUGGGAAAUAUAUUCUACAGCGUGAGGGGUUGCAUGCGAUGUACGUGUCCUUACCAACAACUGUUCUGAUGAACGUUCCUCACAGCGCGACUUAUUGGUUGGUAUACGAGGCCUUCUUUUCGAUUUUUCACAACGAUUCCGUAAGAUCGGAUGAGGACAACAUUACACUUGAUUAUUUGGCCGCUGGGUUUCUAGCAGGAGCUGGAGCUGCUGUAGUCUCCUUCCCAAUGGACACGAUCAAAACCCACCUCCAGCUUGGGAGGGGCAGUGGCUUUUUCCCAGUUUUAAAAGAUCUCCUUGCCACGCGAGGAGUACGCGGCGUGUUUGCCGGUGUUUUACCUAGAAUACUCUAUACUGCACCUUCUGGCGCAUUAAUGAUGGUUGCAUAUCAAACUACAAAGGGGUUUCUUAAUCCUAAAUGAAAUGUGGUGUAUCGCGAAUCUUUUUUUUCUUAGAUAAAGAAAAGGAAACAUGAUUUAUUUUUUUGUUUCAAAAGGCAACCAUAAUAGGCGCAUCGGAUUUGCAAGCAUGGAAACAUCCUAUAUAUUUUAAAAACAACAACUAGCACAACAGUAUUAACUUUCUUAUAUUUAUUGGACAAAUACUGAAGAUGUUGUAGUUGCAAUUUUUCAACUUAAAAAGAGGCUUGAGCGUUUUUUUCCGCGCUUUUAAGCGAAAGCGAGUUUAGUUGCUUCAGUUUUGGUGA